AUGCCUAGCAUUCCCUUGCUUAUCUCCAUCUACUCGAGCUCUGUGUCUUCACUCCUUGACAUCCCACCACGAUUUCAUGAGAUGCUUGCCCGUGUGAAAGAAAUACUAGCAGGCGCCCGCCGCAGAACCAGUCCAUCAGUAGUCCUCGUUCCAAAGCGCCCGAAUUCGACCAGCUUGCUGCACAUCGUGCCCGAAACUGGCGACGUGGAGCAAAUUGAACUUACACCACCGGCGUUCAUCUACCGUGGAACUACAGAACGGUCUCGUGAACAGAUUGCUACGGUCUCGAUAUACUCUGCGGGCCACGACAUCAACGAAUAUUUGGUGGAAGUCAGUGAUCGGGCGACCAAGAUUUUGAAUGGGCACGGAACUCCUGGCCCCGAAGGUUACAGUGUGUUAUCCAUCGAACAGGCUUUGCGGUCUGCAGUAUUCGCGAGCCUGGAGAGCCGAUCAAGUGCUCCUGCAAAGAUCGGAUCGCAGCCUUUCCCACUGUUUCUAGUGCAGAUUGAUCGCUCGAAGCCAGGCAAGGUUUUGACACACGACGACCUUACGAGCUUCCCCAAGUAA